GGGAGUUCGCAGUGCUUGUGUUCUUAUUAGCCUCCUCUUCGAGCGCGCGAAAUAGCCGCCCUCUAGGAUUUAAUCGGCCUUUCGACUUUUUAAUCCACCUACAUCUGUUGGUCUGCAAGUUACAGUUUGCCCCGUUUUCCAAAAUUUUCGAUCACAUAAUAUUGUGGCAUAAAGUUCUUGUAUAAAGAGAUAAAUAUUUCUGUUUUCUUGUCUUGAAAAACCAAAGCGCUUAUUCACAGGUUUUAACAGCGCGGGUAAAGAAAAAACAAUUUGGCAAAAGUGUUGCAAGUAGACCUAGUACUGUUUUCGCAAUUUCAGUAAAAGUUUUUGACUUUUAUUCCACGGACUCAUUCUUGCAUGAAUCAAUGGUGUGACAAUUGAAAGAGCUUGACACUUUCAAAGAUGGCAGCUAGGCUUACCAGGCCAGGUAACCCCGAACGUGGAUGGAAUGAUCCACCAAUGUUUAUGUAUAACAAAGAUGGCCAAAAGGUGCAGUCAUCACCCAGGAAGAAUCCACUUACUCAGAGGGUUGGAAUGUCUCAGAGCUACACUAGUUCUAUCCAAUCAACAGGACACAACAAACCUGGCCCCCCUCCUGCAGUUUUACCAGGAGCACCACCCGUUGCCUCCGUUCCUCCUCUUCAGCUAUUCAGCAGUCCACCGACUGAAGAAAAUAAGAUGUCACCUGCAAGGUCAAGUGAGGUCAAAGGUGAAGAGGAGGAGCAGUCGGAGUUGCCAGGGGACAUCUGCAUCACCACCAUGGCCAAGCUGAGGAAUGUUCUUCAACUUUGCCAGGAGAAGUUAAAGGUUCGUGUUGCAGAAGACAUCAAGAAGAGAAUGGAUGCACUGAACACUGCCUGGACUGGGGGUAAACUCUCUGUAGUGGUGCAACAGCGAAUGGAUAAAUUAUCAACAGCUCUUGCAGACAGGGAUUACAAUCGAGCUCAUGAUGUACACCUGUCCCUGAUGGUGGACUAUGUCGCAGAGGUGAGUCAGUGGAUGGUUGGCAUCAAACGCCUCAUUAUGGAGGCACGGACAAUACUCCCUCCUCCUCUACCCUCUUCAGAAACAGGAGGUGGGCACAUUCUCGACCAGCCAACUGACAACAGAACAGAGACUGACAAAGACAAUACCGAUCAGGUGGAAGAGGCUGUGAAUGGCUCCCCUCCCAUUGUAUCUGCAGCUGCAAGUGGCGAGGACAAUCAACAGACCCCUCGCGAUGGAGAAGGUUCCCAGGAUGAAACAGGUCAAUCCACAAAGGAGCAAGAACUCAAGGAGACGACAGCCGUCCAAGAUGAAAUCCCUCCAGCCGGUGAUUCCGAGAGCCAGCUGGCUGGAUCAGAAUCAUCACCAAGGCUUAACAGGAAUGAAGAGGGUGAAGCCAGUGACUUCAUCAGACAGUCGUCCUCAGAUGAAACAAAGGAAUUGCUGGACAGACUACCCUCAGAAAAGACAGCCGAGUCAAGAGGAAAGGAGGCUGUCAUCUCUGACUCACACUAGUGGAUCAAGACUAACUUGGUCUUAAUACUGUAGACACUUAAAGCUGCAAAAUUAUGCGGUUGAACAUUUUCACAGAGUACCUAGACAUGAGUGCACAGCUAGAAAUCAUCAUGUCUGUCAUGAGCUACUCAAAUGAACAUUGGCAAAAGCCGUUUGCCACUGUUUGCCCUGUUAUUUGUGACUGGCCUUAUGAAAGGACUUGUGGGUUAACUCAUCAACUACAACACUGAUUGAAUUUGCAAGAAUUUGUAGUGUAGGAUCCAUCAGUUACAUCAUACAUCUCAUUUUUAACACGACGGCAGAAGGUUAUACAUGUAUAUGGCAUCGCACAUUUUGGUAAAGCAUGGGCAUUGUGAUAACCAUAUGUUCCCUGCAUGCAUGGGAUUUGACUUCUGGAUUUGAGAAUCUGCAGCAUGCCAUGUUAGAGCUGAACUUUUUUUUUAAGUCCCCACAGUGAAUGGCUUCAUGGCGGAUGAUGUAGGGAUUUUCUAUACCAGUUACCAGGGAGGACAUUUAAACAUGUCAUGUCAUUUCUGUAUACAGUGGUGGAUGGUGUCCGUAAUCAUCCCAAUGCUUGAGUAAUCCCCAUUCCUCUCACUAAUACAUUUCUAGCAUUCCUGUUUCUCCAUUGAAUUAUAUUCAGCUUCUAACCGAUGCAGGCUUUGCAGUUCAAAGAGCCAUGCUCUUUACAUAUAUCAGCAGCUGCUAGAUUGAAUUGUUAGGAUGAGAGAUUUUAAGUUCUGAUAAAACCAGGAAUGUGCUUUGUUUAUUUUUUAUGGGCUGUAUUUCUUUAAAGUGAAAUCAUGCUUUCGUAUUAUAAGCAGGGUUAAGAGUGUUCUGUCCUAAAGGCUUAAAAGAGAUUUUAUUUUUGAAUAAGCUUAGAGAGUAUGGGCAUUAUAUCACAAAGGUGAAGUUUGAAUAGCCACAAUUUAGGCCUUAAUAUAUAGCUCUGAAUGUAAGUAAAAUCAUUAGACAUUUUUGGUGAAGAAUUAAUCCAUGGUUGAGAUAAGCGCUGGUCAUUGUAGUCAUUUCACCGAGUUACCAUAACAUUGUUCUUGAAUGACUGCAUACAAAUUAUUUUCAAUGACCAUGGUGAAUAAACUUCAUUUAAUGGUGCUCUGUGA